AUGGUAAGGAACAACAGUAUUAUUGAAACAAAUACACCAAUCACUUUUAAUAUAAAAAGUCGAGUAGGCGGAUUGGUGCGAAUGGAGAAGAAAAAAAAAAAGAUUGAAUUACAAAUAUUUUCUGGGGAUAUCCAUUUUCCUGGCGAAAUGGAUAAGGUAUACCGACACAGUGGUAUUUUGAUACAACCCGAAAGGUUAAAAAAAGAUUCAAAGGAAUCAAAAAAAAUUAAAAAUUGGAUCUCUGUCCAAUGGAUCACAAUUAUCAAGAAAAAGUAUUUUGUUUUGGUUCGACCUGUAAUUCUAUAUGAAAUUACAAACGGUAUCAAUUUAGUCAAACUUUUUCCACAAGAUCUGUUCCGGGAAAGGGAUAAUUUGGAGCUUAAAGCUCUCAAUUAUAUUCUUUAUGGAAAUGGGAAAUCAAUUCGUAAAAUUUCUCACACAAGCAUUCAAUUAGUUCGAACUUGUUUAGUAUUGAAUUGGGAUCGAGAUAAAAAAAGUUCUUCGAUAGAAGAAUCCCGUGCUUCUUUUGUUGAAGUAAAUAUAAAUGGUCUGAUUGGAGAUUUUCUAAGAAUUGAUCCAACGAAAUCGCGGAUUUCCUAUAUCAGAAAAAGAAAUGAUCCAUCCGGUUCAGAAUGGAUCUCGGAUAAUGAGUCAGAUCAAAUCAAUAUUAAUCCAUUUUUUCCUAUUUCUUUCCAGAAAAGAAUUCAACAAUCACAUAUCCAAAAUCAUGAAACGAUUCAUGUGUUGUUGAACAGAAAUACAGAAUGCCAAUCUUUGAUAAUUUUGUCAUCAUAUGAUUGUUUUGAAAUAGGACCUUUUAGCAAUGUAAAAUACUACAACGAGCUGAAAAUAAAAAAGAGAAUAAAAAAAAUAAAAAAGGAUCUUCAAAUUCCAAUUAAGAAUUCAUUAGGUCCCGUAGGAAUAGCACUUCAAGUUUCAAAUUUUUAUUCAGUUUACCUUUUAAUAACUCAUAAUCAGAUCUCGAUGAAUAAAAAUUUGAAACUUGACAAGUUUUUUUUAACUUGGCAAGCAUUAAAAAUUUUUUUAAUGGACGAAACCGAGAUAAUUUAUAAGCCCGAUCCAUGCAGCAACAUAAAAUUAAAUACAUUCCGUUUGAAUUGGGAUUUUCUCCAUCAUGAUUAUGAUUCUAAAUAUUGUGAAAAAACGAUUACAAUAAUUAGCCUGGGACAAUUUAUUUGUGAAAAUGUAUGUCUAUCUCAAACAAAAAAUAGACUAGAACUAAAAUUAAAAUCGGGACAAGUUUUAAUUGUUAAAAUGGAUUCCAUAUUAAUAAGAUCGGCUAAUACCUAUUUGGCGACUCCAGGAGCAACAGUUCAUGGACAUUUUGGAGAAAUCUUUUUUGAAGGAGAUAUAUUAGUAACAUUUAUAUAUGAAAAAUCGAGAUCAGGUGAUAUAACCCAAGGUCUUCCAAAAGUGGAACAGGUAUUAGAAGUUCGUUCGAUUGAUUCAAUAUCGAUUAACCUAGGGAAGAGGGUUGACGCUUGGAACGAACAUAUAACCAAAAUUCUCGGCAUUCCUUGGGGAUUCUUUAUUUGUACUGAGCUAACUAUUGUCCAAAGUCGAAUUUCUUUGGUUAAUAAAAUCCAAAGGGUUUAUCGAUCCCAAGGAGUGCAUAUACAUAAUAGACAUAUUGAGAUUAUCGUACGCCAAAUAACAUCAAAAGUAUUGGUUUCAGAAGAUGGAAUGUCUAAUGUUUUUUCACCCAGCGAGCUAAUUGGAUUGUUUCGAGCUGAACGAGCGGGACGUGCCUUAGAAGAAGUAAUUUGUUACCGAGCUCUAUUAUUGGGAAUAACAAAAACAUCUUUGAAUACCCAAAGUUUCAUAUCCGAAGCGAGUUUUCAAGAAACUACUAGAGUUUUAGCAAAAGCUGCUCUCCGAGGUCGUAUCGAUUGGUUGAAAGGUCUGAAAGAGAACGUUGUUUUGGGGGGAAUGAUACCCGUUGGUACCGGAUUCAAAAGGGUAACACAGCCUUCAAAGCAAAGACAACUUAUUAAGAUUGCUCCGAAAAAAAAGAAUUUACUCGAGGAAAAAAUAAAAGAUAUCCUGUUCCACCAUAGAGAAUUUGUUUUUUAA